UUCUAAGAUUUGGACCAUCAAGAGGGAAUCAACCGAAACAAAAAAAAGUUGUUGAGAAAAAUAAUCUAAGUAAAAAAAUUGUGUAGGGAAAAUGACAGGAGUGAGUACAUCAUGUGGAGCAUGCAAAUUUCUAAGGAGGAAAUGUACAAGUGAAUGUGUAUUUGCACCUUAUUUUAGCUAUGAUGAGGCAGUUGCUCAUUUUGCUGCGGUUCACAAAGUGUUCGGUGCAAGUAAUGUUUCAAGGUUGCUUUUUCAUCUCCCUGAACAAUUUAGGGGUGAAGCUGCCUUAACCAUUUCUUUUGAAGCUAUUGCUCGUAUGAGAGAUCCUGUUUAUGGUUGUGUUGGCUAUAUCUAUGCCCUUCAACAAGAGGUAGCAAAUUUACAAGAAGAAAUAGAAGUUCUUGGCAACAAUAUAGCCAAUAAUUUGAGCAUUGGGGUUGCUAGUAGUGAUUGUGAAGGUUCUCAAGAAACUAACAGCAAUAAUCUUAUAAUCUAUGAUUCAUUAUUACCCUUAAUUUCUUCACAAGAAGAUGAAAUAAUCAAUAAUCUACCAGAAUAUUGGUGUAAUAGUACAAAUUACCAAGUGGAACCAGUAAUACUACCGACACAUGAUCAUGUAGAAAAUGGAUCAUGCAGCAGCAAUCAAAUGAUCAGCUUGAUGAGCAAUCAUAUGAUGGAUUUACCAUUAUUAUCUUUAUGUGAAUGGGAAGGACAAAAUCUUUUUACUGGAAGUGGACCCCAAGAAUGUCUUAUGGAAGGGUUACUAAACCAAGAAACUUUUUUUGAUAAUUCUUCUCUUUUUGGCUGGUUACCUCAAUAUGCUAGUUACUAGCUUAGGCAUAUAAAAGAGAGAAUAUGCUAGAUGUACAAGUAUGUUUGCAUAUAUAGUAGAAGAUUUCUUCUUUUAUUUACUUUUCCACUUUUGUAGUUGUAUUUUAUUAGUGCAUAUCCUUAGUAUCCUUGGUGCAAAUUUUGUUAGAUGCAUUGUUGUACAAAUAAUGUAUGUACAUAGCAGGAAGCACAAAUAUGGUAAGGUAUAAUCUUCUAUUGUA